AUGAGUAAUGGCAAUGGAGGUUUUGGGCCGGGACAUGGUGCUGGUCCAGGCAGGGGGCGCGGUGACCGCGGUGACCGCGGUGAUCGCGGCGGAUUCGGAGGUCCUGGCCGUGGUGCGAACUACGGCAACAACGGCAAUGGGUUCGGCGGUCCAUCGGGGUUUAGCAAUCACGGCAAUGGUCAUGGCGCUUUCUCUGGCCGUCCUGGGAACUUUGUCACCGGCGAGUCUAGUGGCACGGCGGGAGAGGAUGUUGCUCAAGGGCAGCGCUUCAAUGGGGAGUUUGCUGCAGAGGUUGAACAAUUCAACCGAGGUUCCAACUUCAACAAUUACAACCGUCCUGGAGGUAACCAGCAUUAUCGUCCUCGUUCUUAUGGGAACAACAACUACUAUGCCAACAAUCGUUAUGGGUUCAAUGGAGGCCGAUCUAAUUUUAGUCAGAACCGUAGUUAUGGAGGUGGUUCUAGUGAUACAGGGAAUCAAAACAAUGGUAGUCUUGUCUGGUGUUAA